AUAGUACAAAGGCCUUGAUUAAUAUUGAACAAACAUUUCCCAAUUUAUCUUUUCGAUUACCAGACAUUUCAUUUAGCGAUGAAAAGGUGAAUCGCAAAAGAAUUGAAAGACAGCAGGAGGACGAAGAUGAAACUACUUCAAAUUCUAGUUCCAGUAAUAAAGAAGAUUUUAUUAAUGUUGAAAAUCUGAUAGUGCAUUCAAAAAGAGGCGCACCAAGGAAAAAAUGGCUUAAAGGAUCUAAUGAAUUAGUCAACAAAUAUAUAUCUGGUGCUAAACAAUCAGAAAUACAUAAGGCAAGAAAACCAACUCAAUGUUAG